AGAAGAAGGGAGGGGCUUUCAACGGUGGCGGCCUGCUGUGCGCCGGCUCCGGGCGAGGGGCGGGCGCCAUUGUGCUUCUCUGCGGACUGCUCGGCUCGGGUCAAGGCCCACCACCCCGAGGAGGAAGGCGGCGGGGCGGUCGUGGCGGGCAGGACGCGCCCCGUUCCGUGCCGGCGAGGGAGCAGGGGAAAUCUCAAGAAUGGAGUCUAAACCUUCAAGGAUUCCAAGAAGAAUUUCUGUUCAACCUUCUAGCUCUGUAAGUGCUAGAAUGAUGUCUGGAAGCAGAGGAAAUAGUUUAAAUGAUACCUAUCACUCAAGAGAUUCUUCAUUUAGACUGGAUUCUGAAUAUCAGUCCACAUCAGCAUCAGCAUCUGCAUCACCAUUUCAAUCUACAUGGUAUAGUGAAUCUGAGAUAACUCAGGGAGCACGCUCAAGAUCACAAAACCAACAACGGGAUCAUGAUUCAAAAAGACCUAAACUUUCCUGUACAAAUUGUACAUCUACCUCAGUCGGGAGAAAUAUUGGACAUGGUUUAAAUGCAGUACCAGAUUCUUCUUGGAGGCAUAAUCAAGUUCCUAGAUCUUCAUCAAUGGUACUUGGAUCAUUUGGAACUGACUUAAUGAGAGAGAGAAGAGAUUUAGAGAGAAGAGCAGAUUCUUCCAUUAGUAAUCUUAUGGAUUAUAGUCACCGAAGUGGUGAUUUCACAACUUCAUCAUAUGGUCAAGACAGAGUUCCUUCUUCAUAUUCACAGGGAGCAAGACCAAAAGAUAACUCAGUGAGCACUUUACAGUUGAAUACAUCAUCCACAAAUCACCAAAUGCCUUCUGAACAUCAUACCAUACCAUGUUCUAGGGACAACAGUAGAAAUUCGCUAAGAUCAAAUUUUUCUCCAAGGGAAUUGGAAUCUCCACAAAGCAGUACACAGCCUGGAUUUUCUUAUAUAUCAAAUAGAGAUGAAACCUCAACCAUAAGCAGUUCAGAUAGGGUUGGUUCAUCUCAGAGAUCAUUUCAAGAAUCUUCUGACAAUGAAAGUAGACGUUCGACUAGGAGAUUGCUAUCACGUAUAGCUUCUAGUAUGUCAUCUACCUUUUUUUCUCGAAGAUCUAGCCAGGAUUCCUUGAAUACAAGAUCACUGAGUUCUGAAAAUUCUUACGUGUCUCCAAGAAUCUUGACCGCUUCACAGUCUCGUAGCAAUGCAGCAUCAACUUCCGAUGUUCCUGAUAGUAGAGCAUCUGAAGCUUCUCAGGGAUUUCGAUUUCUUAGGCGAAGAUGGGGUUUGUCAUCUCUUAGCCAAAAUCAUAGCUCUGAGCCAGAUUCAGAAAAUUUUAACCAAGAAUCUGAAGGUAGAAAUACAGGACCGUGGUUAUCUUCCUCACUUAGAAAUAGAUGCACACCUUUGUUCUCCAGAAGGAGACGAGAGGGACGAGAUGAAUCUUCAAGGAUACCUACCUCUGAUAUACCAUCUAGAUCUCAUCAUAUUUUUAGAAGAGAAUCAAAUGAAGUGGUUCACCUAGAAGCACAGAGUGAUCCCCUUGGGGCUACUGCCAACAGAGCACAAGCAUCUGCAUCAUCAAGUAACGCUGCUACAGGUGGCUCCCCAUCAGAUUCAGCCCACAGUGGAAGAAAUACAGGAAUAACAGGAAUCCUUCCUGGUUCCUUAUUUCGAUUUGCAGUCCCCCCAGCACUUGGAAAUAAUCUGACUGACAAUGUCAUGAUUACUGUAGAUAUUAUUCCUUCAGGGUGGAGUUCAUCUGAUGGAAAAAGUGAUAAAACUAAAAGUGCACCUUCAAGAGAUCCAGAAAGACUGCAGAAAAUAAAAGAGAGCCUCCUUUUAGAGGAUUCUGAAGAAGAAGAAGGUGACUUAUGUAGGAUUUGUCAGAUGGCCGCUGCAUCGUCAUCUAAUUUACUGAUAGAGCCAUGCAAGUGCACAGGAAGUUUGCAGUAUGUCCACCAAGAAUGUAUGAAAAAGUGGCUACAGGCCAAAAUUAACUCCGGUUCUUCAUUAGAGGCUGUAACCACCUGUGAACUCUGUAAAGAGAAGUUGCAGCUUAACCUGGAGGAUUUUGAUAUUCAUGAACUACAUAGAGCUCAUGCAAAUGAACAAGCUGAGUAUGAGUUUAUCAGCUCUGGUCUCUACCUAGUUGUGUUAUUGCACUUGUGCGAACAAAGCUUUUCUGAUAUGAUGGGAAAUACAAAUGAACCAAGCACACGUGUCCGAUUUAUUAACCUUGCAAGAACUCUUCAGGCACAUAUGGAAGAUCUCGAAACGGUAAUAAACCAGAUUCUACUCAGCUUCAGAGGAUGAUUCCGAAGAAGAUGGAGACCAUAACAGAACAUUUGAUAUUGCCUAACUCCAUAUAAGACAAAUGGAUGAUCUGUGAACAAGUGUUUAUUAAAACUGGCAAUUAAGUAUGAAUUAAUUUUGUGGGGGAAUGCCUAUUGAAUACAUUGACUAUAUAUAUACAUAUGUGUGUGUGUAAAAUAUGUGUGUGUAUAUAUAUACACACACACACACAUAUAGAUGUCCUAUAUGUAUGUGUGUAUGUGUGUGUGUGUAUAUAUAUAUAUAUAUAUUCAUUCUCAAGUAUUGCUGAAUUAAAAUUCUGCUGGACCUUUUAACAUGGCCAGUCAAUCUAUUGUUUAUAAACUGGUAAUCAAAAGUAUUUUUCUUUUAGGUGAGUGGGAAAGUGUUACUCUUGUUUUAAAUACUUAAGCAAUGCUGACAACUUUUUUGUGUUCUGAUUACUGUAGUCAUAUUUAUGAAAAAGGUUCAUGUUUUAGUCUCUUGCUAGUUAAAAAAGUGGGACAAAAUAUGCUUUUGAAAUAAAAUGGCAAAUGGCACCUAAUUAUUUUUCCUUUCAAAAUGCCUUACAUUGCAGUCUCAUUUUCAUAAUCAUUUGCUUCCAGUGUUUCUAAAAAAGCAAUUGGGGAAUAAGUUAUGAAAGCAUUAUAUUAGGUUUCCAAAUUUAAUAUGAAUUCUAAAUUCACUUAGCAAUAAAAUCUAAUUUUUAAAAAGUAUAUAAAUAUAAAAUGUAUAAAUGAUGGAAAAAUUUUUGUACUGAUUUGCAAAAUGCAGAUUAUAUUUGAUAGGCCAUAGUAUGUAGAUAUUCCUUUUAGGAAUAUCCCAGCUGUAAAAAAUAUCAGAAAUGCCCGUCAAAUGCUAUUUGGAAAAAAAAAAUUACUGCAAUCUCAAGUUAUCGGAAUAUUUUUAAAUCCCGCAUUUAAAGUUUAAAACACUGGUUUUCAAUGUUUUUUAGUGUUGUCACUUCUUUCUAGAUAAAUAUGAUACAAAUAACCUGUUUGGAUCCUGGUCGUUUUUAAUUGUUCCUUGGUAAUUCUGAGCAUUCAUUUAAUGACUUAGUAUUUUUCACUUAUUUUUGGAGAACAGAUAAACAUUACCUAUUCACCAUGCAAUAGAUCUACACUGUGGUCAUGAGUUGUGUAUACUUUCAUAACACUGUAUAUUUCCUCUGUCAACACCCUUGGAUACACUUUUAAACACCUUCAGGUGGUUUCACAUUAAAUAAAGUCUUAUGUUAUGGCAACUAACUACAUUUUCAGAAGCUAAAUAGAAACCAUGUAAUUUCUCAAAUGUGAAUCAACAGUUUGCUCACAUAGUUUGUUGGUCUUAAUGUAAAAACCUUGGCUGGAAAUAAAGUGCACACUGAUUGAUUUAC